AUGAAGCCUGUUCCCGAAUCCCCCAGUAAUAUUGUUAAGAGAUACGAAGAACAACAGGCGAGUCGGGUGGCUUUGGAAGAGGGUUCAUCUUUGUAUCAGGGGCGUAUUUCAGACCAACAAGAACCUUCUGUCUUGCCGUCAUCGUCAAAGGCUGCGCCGGUGAAACACGUCGAAUUUGACAGCAAUCGCCCACCCGACGCCCCAUCCACUUUUUUGUCGCACACAACUCAAGGAAGGGACUUGGACAGGGACUCGGAAGACGAAUUAACUGAUGAAGACAUGACGAUUGAACGCCCAUCGCUUCACGGACCGGUAGAAAGCCAGAGUAACGUGCCGUUGCUGAAGGAAGACCGCCGUGGCAGACAAGAGAGUGCGACGUUUGCUGGGUCGGCGGACGGCAGAGGUGUCUCUGGUGCCAGCAGGAGAUCUUCUUUUCGGAGCAAAACACCAGACUAUGAUGCCACGCGAGCCACCCGUCGCAAAUACAUCAUUGCCUCUUUCUUUCUCGUCCUAAGUUUGAUCAGUUUCACCGUGCAAACGCAGACUGCUGUCUAUAUUCAGCAAGUGUUGGGAUGGGAUAAACCAUAUUGCAUGCUCUAUAUGACACACGGCUCGUGGGUGUGCCUAUGGCCUGUCCAACUCCUGAUUCUCCGAAUCCAAAAGCGACAUAUGUCCUGGGCCGCAUUCUGGCGCCGGCAUGUCUACCUCCUGCGAACUACUGCCCAAAUGGUAGAGUCUCAAGACCUCCAUUUAAGCGCCCGCGAGUCCCACAAGUCCCCGAUCGCGUAUAUAAUAAAAACGACCGCAUUUGUCACCAGCGCCCUUACAAUCGCUGGAGGCUCUUGGUAUGUCGCGGUCAAUUUGACGACAGGCAGCGACUUGACUGCCAUUUACAAUUGCUCUGCGUUCUUUGCGUAUGCAUUUUCGAUUCCCCUACUGAACGAUAAACUGCGAUUCGAUAAAGUCUUUUCUGUCGGAAUUGCCAUCAUUGGUGUCGUCAUCGUCGCGUAUGGUGGUGGUCACCCUAGCGGCGCUCCGUCCGAAUCAGAAGCCGAAAAGGCUUCAAAUCGCACUCUAGGGAAUCUUAUUAUUGGUGCAGGAAGCGUGCUAUACGGUCUUUACGAGGUGUUGUACAAAAGAUUCGCUUGUCCUCCGGAAGGUACAAGCCCUGGUCGUGGAGUCAUUUUUGCAAAUACAUUUGGCAGUCUUAUCGGUGCUUUCACCCUCCUGGUCCUUUGGAUUCCAUUGCCGCUGCUCCACAUGCUGGGAUGGGAGAAAUUUGAAUGGCCGCAGGGUCAAGCCAAAUGGCUGCUAUUCGUUUCAACACUUUCAAAUGCUACUUUCUCCGGUUCUUUUCUCGUUCUUAUUUCGCUUACGUCGCCUGUCCUUUCGUCCGUUGCGGCUCUCCUGACCAUCUUCAUCGUUGCCCUGGUCGAUUGGAAAUUAAACAACAAACAAAUUAGCGGUGCUUCGAUAACAGGCGGGAUCCUCAUCAUCAUCGCUUUCUUGUUGUUGAGUUGGAGUACAUACAGGGAGUUGGAUGAAGAACGAAGACGUAGAUUAGAGGAAGAAGGAUCAGAUACAGACAGUGACGAGUGA